UAGUAUUUACUUUGUUUUGCCACGUUAUUAAUUAAAUAAGUGGGUUUGUCAUUACAGUGACAGUGUUUUGUGUCUGUGAAACUUAUGUAGGUUCUGAGUAAGUCCUAGUUAUUGAUUUUAUGACAAAAUGUCAAGAACCAGCAGUUUUUUAAUCCCUCUAAUACACAUUUGAAGAAAUCGAAAAAUUUUGCAAAAAAAAUAAUGAAAUGCCUUAAUUGUGUUAGUAAAAUGGAUUACGACGUUGUAGAAGGUAAAAUCCCUAGGGAUCUUUUAGAAUACGAUUUCGCAGAGGACGCAAUGGAUUUUGAGUGCCAAUUGGCGGAAUCUCAGGACGUAAAUUUUACGCAAACCUUGUCAGAGCCCUUGACUAUCGGCUCGCAUAUUAUUUGUACUGGAACGCCGAGCGAAGACAUACCAUGGUUCGCAAUAAACAUAGGAAGUGAAGAAUUAGAGGCGGGUCGUUCGGACAUCUCUGUGCAUUUUAAUGUGCGACAACCACAGUGUUACGUAGUGAGGAACACACGUCGCCGCGGGAAAUGGGGUCCUGAAGAAACAACGGCAUACAGGCUAUACCCGUUCAAAGUGAACAAGCAAUUUACGAUAGAAAUAGUAGUAGAUGAAACUGAAACACUAUGGGCUGUUGACGGAGACCACUACUGCAGUUACGUGCACAGGAAUCCGAGUCCCUUUACAGCUCGCUGGAUCGAAGUCACAGGAAUCCGAGACGCAUUCUUGAAAAUAUCUAAAACUGACAAUUAUCCAACAUUAGCACCCGAAAGGCCGGAGAUCUCUCUAACAACCAGCAUAGAUAAUCCUCCAGAAACAGAGCAACCAGUUUGGAAACCAAAUCUCAUAGCUACGAUAACGAAAGGAGUACCUGAAGGUUAUCAACUUGUUAUCACUGGAAGGCUCCGACCAAUGCUACAUUCUUUCGCGAUCGACCUCAUGGACGGCGCCCGCGAGUGGCCGCUGCCGAACAUUCAUCUACACGUCAACGUCCGAGCGCACGUAGAGUCGCAACGGGAUCGGCAACUUGUCGUGCUCAACGCCUGGCUCGGUGCUUGGGGCAUGGAGAGGAGACAACGCACCGCCAGACUUAUUCCUGGAACAUUGACUACAUUUCGAAUUGUCCGCGGUCCGACUGAAUGGUCUAUAUACGCUGACGAUAUGCUAAUCGGCGAGUUAGAGCAUCGCGCUUCACCAGGAGGCGUGAAGGCACUGCGCGUCAGGGGCGACCUCUACCCGCAGAGAAUCUUUCUAUGUCCGGCUACCAGCACACCGAUAAGAGACUGAAAAAUAUCUAAAACAAAAAUUACAGUAGUUUUAAUAAUAUUUCAUAUAACGCGCUGUAAUUUGGAGAACAGUGGCUUCGAAUUCUGUAAAUAAAAUUCAGCAAUUAAGACCGUAUCAAUUACAUUUUGUUAUUUCUAAUAAUAAUAAAAUAUAAAGAAGAGAACCAUGACUGAUCGUAGGUACUUUGUAAAUUAAUUACUGGAUUUUAAAUAAAUUAUGACCUAUGCCUCGAAAAAUUUAGUUUUUUUUAAAUGUAAUUUAAUAUUAAGUAACAUAUUUAUU